AUGGAUGAAAUAGAAUACCUACUACAGGAGAAAGCCAGACACAAUUUUCGUGAACUUCGUCACAAUUUCAUUUUGAAUGAUCCCGAAGGCGUGGGCAAUGUUUCUCGAGCAAACGCUCUGUCGACAUUUUGCGUCUGGCUGAAUCCAGAUAUUUUUUUCUUCUGUAUGCCGAUGGUUCAUUAUGGAAUGUAUACGAGACGGUCUCUGUCGAGUGCUAACACGAAUGUUAUUUUGGCCUAUUCGGCCAAAGCACGUGAACAAAUUGCUCCAACGCUUGGGAUUCUGCAACAAGAAGAGGACGUCGUCAAUGCAUCCUGUCGUUACCUCAACAUCGUUUACUUCAUCUUGCACCUAGCGUUAAUCAAUUUCACAGAAUUUUACACCGCGAUCCUGAAUGAUCGUCCAGCGUUAUCGUCCAGCCGAGUAGAAAGUUCCAGCAGUAUGACCAAAUGUUCCGUACUGCACGAACGACCACGAGGAUUCCGUGUCAGACAACACCGGUCGGCACCGAGAGAUCCCUGUAAACGUGUACCGAAAUCAAUUCUCGCAGAAUGUGGUGAUGAGGAACAGAAAGCAACCGCCCUGGUUCACCAACCACAAUCCACGUGGACUUUUUUGACCCAACUUGGAGAAGAGCCGGAACAGAAACCGAUUCUCCUCGCGCAUCAAGCGAUAGCCAACAAAUCCACGAGGAUUGUAAAACUGUACAUACAGACGGUGAUGCUUGGAAUGGCCGAGACAGUUUUUGUUUUGCUAAACUUGCAAGCCCGAUGGGUGCUGGACGCUGAGGAUCUGGUCGGUUGUGCCGAAUUCCACCGUGUACCCAUGAUUGAGGUGAACGCUUUUGCCGACCGAAUGAAUCAACUUGGAUUUAAUCUGUCUCAAGCGGAGUUUCUGAAAGUAUGGAAGAGAUUCGAGCCAGACAGUCACGGACGCGUAGCGCGCGAAUCAAUUUUGCGACAUUUAUUUCUCGAACCGAGAUUGGAAGAUGUUCGUUGUCCCGAAACUGUGAACGACUGUCAAGCCCAACACAUGACAUGCCAUUCUGUACUCAAUAUGCGCAUCAAACACGGGCGACGUCUCGAAGAAAUCGGUGGUCGGAUACCGGAGGUCAAUGAGCGUUCUCAUCAUCACGAGGUUACUGGAUUUACCGACCAGAAAUCAAAGCAAUCGGAUAUCACAUACAUAAACAGGCACUCGUGA